CUUUAAGCCCGAUGCCCCCGAACCCGAGUCUCACGUCUCCCAGAUCCUCCACGGCCCCCAUGCAUGUGGACGGCGACGCUGCCGCCAGCGCGAGAGCCGCGCGCGCCAGGCUCAAGGCGCGCACCAGGCGGCUGCAGGCCGUGAUCGCGGGCCACGCGGAGACCACGCCACCAGGCGGGGCCGCGGUGGACCUGGAGGAGUUCCUCCUGCGCGGGGCCGCCGGCUCCCCCUGGGGCGCCUCCCUGCUGCUGCCCGCCGCGGGCUCGCCGCCCGCCGACGGGGAGGGCUUUGCCCUCUGGCUUGGCUCCGCGGACGAUGCCCUGGACCUGCCGGCCCUGCAUCAGCACGGCGUGACGGCCAUCGUCAACAUGGCCCUCGGGGGGUGCGAGGACGUGAGGCGCUUCGUGCGCGCGAGGUACCGCGAUCGCCUCGGCUGCGAGAAGUUCCAGUACCUGGCCGCGGACGCGCUGGACGCGGGAGGCUACCCGAUAUGGAGGUGGUGGAAGGGCGGGGAUACGGUCGGAUUCUUUUGGUUAGCGUGUCGCCCUGAGGGCCGCGCCGUCCUCGUGCACUGCAUGCAGGGCGUGAACCGCUCCGCGGCCGUCGCCGCGGCCUUCAUGGCGCGGCAGGGGCCGAGCCCCACCGGGGGCCCCGGCCUCGGCGUGCUGGGGGCCGUCGACUGGAUCUCGCGGCGCCGCCAGCCGGUGCUGCAGAACGUCGGGUUCCUGAAGCAGCUGCUGGACCACGGCUCGCCAGGCGUGCCCUGGGAGCCGGGCGAGGAGGAGGAGGCGGAGGCGCCGCCGGCGGCGGUGGAAGCCUACCGCGUCGGAGACGUCCUCGAGCGCGGCGCGCCAGGGCCCGGGCCGGCGGCGGCCGCCGCCUCGGCGCCCGCCGCCGCGCCCUGCGAGGGCGGCAGUUGCCGGAACUUGUCCUCGAUCUUGCAGUCCAUGUGCCGGAAGUACGAGGCGCCGGCCCUGCGGGCCGGGACCGCGGCUCGACGGCACGGCCAGGCGCGCGGGCGGCGCAUCCAGACGCCGGUGGCGGAGGGGGCCUUGUGGCCCGGGCGGUGCUCCUCGCUCACGGCCUCGGGCGUCGCGCAACGGCUAGGCAGGUUGUGGGGCGGGCGGCGGGCGGCGGAGAAGGCGCCCUCGCCGCCCCGCUCCCAGUGGCCUGCCAUGUCCUUCUCCGACAGCGGCGGCGCCGCCUUCGCCCCGCCGCCGCGCGCGCCGGGGUGCGCGGACGCCGCGGGAGCGCCGGCGGCCCAGAAGGCCGCCGAGGAGGACUGGUCGCGGCAGUCCACCGGCGUGGAGGAGGACCUCAAGCUGCGUCCACUGGAGCCCGCGGGGGACGGCGGCCGCAAGGACGGCGCCGGGGACGCGAAGCUCCACGCAGCCAUGACGAAUGUAUCCAGCAUCAGCACGCCCAGCACGCCCAGCAUCAGCCCUACGGAGUUCAAGAGUCAGGGAGCCGCAGUUGGCGAGCUGGAGGUGGGUUCCGUCGUCGACAUUGGGCCCAGGCAGUUCCUCAUCACCGGCAUACUGGGGCGCGGCAGUUUCGGCACAGUGUGGUGCGGUGAGUGCUGCGAGGGCAAGGGCAAGGUGGCCGUCAAGUCCGCGCUCUGCUGCUCGCCCGCCGCCCUGCGGGCGGCGGAGGUCGAGGGCGCGCUGCUGCGGGGCCUACAGGGCGACAGCAGGCACUUGCCCGCCCUCGUGGCCAGCAGCACGCCGAGGGCAGGGCCGGGCGCGUGGCACGCGCUGCUGGCCAUGAGCUUGCUGCCCGGCGGGUGCCUGCUCGAGGAGAUGCGGGGCGCGGGGCGGGAGCUCGCCGCCCGCUUCGCAGGGGACGCCGUCGGGCAGGCGAAGGAGGCUUGCAGGAUGGCGGCGGACCUCCUCGAUCAGCUGGCGCCCGCGAUGGCGCAGGUCUCCGCCCUCGCGCUCCACCGCGACGCCCACGCGAGGAGGGCGUCUCUGUUUGUGCGGCCAGUGCCGCCAGGCGAGGGUCGCUGGCCUGACUCGUGGCAGGCGCGGGGCUGGAUGGCCCAGGCGGCUGUCGAGGACCUCGACGGUGGAGACGAGGACCUCUGGGAGGCGCCGGAGGCCGUCGUGCCCGCGCCCGUGAAGGACGGACCCGUGCCGAUCGUCCCACUGGCGGUGGCCCAGGGCAGAUGCUACUGCAGCACGGGCUACACUGCGGGCGGCCUCGAGCAGUGCCGGUUCGCGUGGCGGGCGCUGCGUGUCUCCAGCGCAGAGCCGCCGUCGCGCUUCGUGAAGGCCGAGUUCCUCUUCAGCGACGACGGCUACUGGGACUGGUGGGCCAGCCACCCCGGCCAGCCGAACGCGAUGACGGUGCGCCCGCUCAUCCACGCGUGCUCGGAGAACCCGUGCUCAGUCUUGGAGGGGCCGGGGACGUGCACCGAGCUGAUCCACGUGUCGGACGGGGCGGAGCUCGGCCUCGGGGACCUGCGGGCGCUGUUCGUCGAGUGCCAGGAGACGAACCCCGAGGCGGCUUGGCCAGCAGCAAGCCUCGGGCCGCUGGUCGCCGCCGCCGCCCCCGCGAGGCCCGCUGCGGUGGCCAAAGCGGCGGGCCGCCCACCAGCCGCAGCAGGCCCCCCCAGGGCCCCGCCUGGCGCUGCCCCUUUCGACGACUUCCUGAGCGUGAGAGGCUCGUCGCGCGGGCCUGGCUCAGAGCUGGCCGCAGGCGAGGAGGCAGCUGCCGCGGGCGGCCUGGGAGGCAAGCUCGAGGGUGCUCGCGUGCGCUUCGAGGAGGGGAAGCGUGCUGCUGGCGACGUCAACCUGGACGGCUUCCCCCUCGGCGCAGAGGCGGCUGGCGAGGGGCCUGUGAAGAAGCGGUCGCUCGGAGACCUGCUGGUCGAGCGCGCCGCGAAGCUCAAGAGGGCCGCCUCGGACGCGGCCCCCCGAGGGUCAGGAGACCCCGUGCCCGAUCGGGCGCUGCCGGGAGCUGGUCCGAGUGGCGGCAUGGCGGAGCUGGCGCAGGCGCUCGUGAUGGCCAUCCGCGAGGGCAAGGAGGGUCCCCCUGGCGACGGCGGCGGGGACGGCCUCGGCUCCUCGGACCCCGCGGCGGUGCCGCGCGACCUGGCCACGAAGAGGGCCUUCUGUCGUCGGAUGGCCGCCGCCUCCCCAGGCCGCCUCACGGAGCUGAGCCUGCAGCAGAUGGCGGACUUCCUGGGCUCGCAGGAGGGGGAGGCAGCCGUCGACGCGACGGGCCCGAUCGCGCUGCGGUACCUCCUCACGAUCUACCUGCCGCAGCAUCCGGUGAAGGAGAUCGGCGCGCAGACAUACCGCGAGCUCCGCACCCUCGCGGAGGCGGUGGACCUGCUGAUGCAAGGGAAGGCGGCCCACGCCUGCGACCUGAUCGUCCAGCGCCUGAAGGCGCUGCAGGUGGCAACGACGGAUGGCUCGUGGGCGGCGGCGAAGUGGUUGGAGCUGAUCCCGCCGCGCGACGAGCCCACGGCCAUCCGCAGCGAGGAGGAGGAGCUCAUCCGCAGCAUCCAGCUCGGGGAGAUGAAGCUGGACGAGCUCUCCGCGCGGCUGGCCGAGGGGUCGGCAGCCCCGCCGCCGUGGAAGAUGACCUUCGCGGAGAUGCGGAAGAAGUUUCCGAAGCAGCCGGGGGAGACGAACACCCAGCACCGCCUGCGAGGCGUCGCGGGGCCCCCGCUGGCCACCGCGCUGCAGUGCUGGUCCGACGAGCUCUCCUUCGGCUUCGGCAAGAGCAUCGUCGCGGUCGACCUGGCGGCGCGGCUGGUGGCAGCAGUGCGACGCCACCCAGGCAGCCUUGGCCACUUCGCUCGGUCGUUCAGCAUGCGUGCGGACACAUUUUGUGGGAGCGGAGGGUCCUCGAACAGGAGGGUUCGGGACGCCCUGCCGCUUCCCCUUCCGUCGACCGAGGAGGUGGACCGCUGGCUGGCCCACAGUGCCUUGCCCAAGGCACGCAGGUGCCGCCGCCGCGCCGUGGCGCGGGAGGUCAGCGAGCAGGCGUGGCUGCACUUCAGUGUGGUGGCGCUCAACUACGCGUUCUGCGGCCGCGCGCAGGAAGGCUGGCGCCACAGGCCGACCCUGUCGAAGGCGCAGACGCAGGUCUACGUGCACCUGAAGAGUCGAGCGGCGGCCCUGGCGGAGGACCCGCUGGCCAUGGUCGUGGCCCCCGCGAUCGACGAGCUGGCGGGCGGCUGGGGGUCAGCGUACGAGGGCGAGACGGGCGUGAAGGCCCUCCCCUGCCGGCUCUGCGAGCUGGCCCCUGGGCUGCCCGCGCGGGAGUGCGCUGCCACGCUCGACGCGAUCGACUUCGUUGACGACGAGGUCGGCGCCUGGCUACGCCGCCCCGAGCUGGCGCUCCUCGACCAAUCCGACUGGCCCGACCCGCUGCCGCGGGCCCGCGUGAACGUGGAGACGGAUGCGGACUGGGAGGAGCUGGCGCUGCACCUCGCGUCGCUCGGCAUCUUCACCACGCUCGCGGAGAGCGAGCUGGUCCGCGUGAGGGGCGAGCCCGUGCUGAACGGCCUGUUCGCGGUGGAGAAGAAGGGCACUCCAGCGCCUGGCGCCACGCGGGUCACCAGGCUCAUCCUCAACAUGGUGCCAGGCAACUCGCUCCUGAAGGCCCACGUGGGCGAGGCGGCGCUGCUCGCGGCCUCGACGUCCUGGACGUCGGUCGUGAUCCCCGAGGGGGAGCUGCUGCUGUGGUCGGGCGACGACCAGAAGGGGGCCUUCUUCGUGUGGCGGGUCCCGCCCGCGUGGCACCCCUACAUGGCCGUGGGGCGGCCGCUCGCGGGCGAGCUGUUUGGUCGCUCGGAGCCCGUCGUCUACGUGACCUCGGCUGUCAUCGCCAUGGGCUGGUCGCUCGCGGUGCCCGUUUUCCAGCACAUCCACCGACGACUGUGCCGCCUGGCGCCGCCCCUCGGGGCGGGGCUUCCCUCGGACGGGGAGUGGCGCAAGGAUUGCGCGCGGCCCCUGGUCGAGGCAGGCAGCGGCCAGGACGCUGGCUUGUGGCAGGUUUACAUCGACGACUUCGAUGCGCCGGAGAUCGUCGAGGAGGUUCUGGCCCGCAAGCUCGCGGGGGCCCCGAGCGACCUCCAACUGCAGGUCCGCGCCAGCUACGAGAAGGCAAGCGUCUCCUUCUCGGCCGAGAAGGCGCACUGCAGGCAGCUGAGGGUCGAGCGCAUGGGCGCGGACGUCGACGGCGUCAGCGGGCGCCUCGCGGUCCCCGCUGCCAAGGCGCUGGCCACUGCGGGCCUCUGCUUGGCCGCGGUGCAGCGGCGUCUGGUCCCGUGGCGCGUGGCCAUGGCGGCCCUCGGCAAGCUCGUGAGGGCCUUCGAGUUCAGGCGGCCGCUUUUCGGGGUCCUGAACUCCGUCUGGACGCUGGCUGCGUCCUCAGCGCAGGGGGCUUACCUGGACGCAGAGAUGGUGGAAGAGCUCCUCAUGGGCGUGAUGGUCCUGCCGCUGGCCGCCUCCUCGCUGCGGGCGCGCAUCGACGGCAUGGUCACGUCCUCGGACGCGUCGGAGAUGGGCGGCGGCGUGUGCACGUCAGCUGGCCUGCGCGAGGACGUCGCCGCCGCCUUGCAGGUGCCGAGGACGGUCCCCGACCAGCUGGGGAUAGGGGCCAGGCUCCUCAACAUGCCCGAGGACCCCGCCCGACCGUGGGCGGCAGCCAACCCACGCGUCCCCGCCAGGGCAGUCCGCAGGGUGCUGUCGGUGUUGCUCAUCGGCCUGUUCGACGGCAUCGGAGGCCUCGCCGUCGCCUUCUCGAGGCUGCCCGUCCGCAUCGCGGCCUUCGUCGCGGCCGAGACGGACGCCAAGGCGAGGCGCGUUGUCAGACUCCGCUGGCCAGGUGUCAUCGACUGGGGCGACGUCACCCGUGUGGGCAGCGAGACGGUGCGGGAUUUGUUCGAGGCGUUCGGCGGCCUCGUCGACCUGGUGGUGGUCGCAGCGGGCAGCCCCUGCCAGGACCUCUCACGCCUCAACGUCGGCGGGCGCGGCCUCAGCGGCAGGAAGUCCUCGCUGUUCCACGAGGUGCCACGCAUCCUGGCUCUCCUCGCCGCCGUCUUCAAGGACAGGCUCGUUUGGUUCGUGGAGAACGUGGCCAGCAUGUCCGACGCCAACGUGGAGCUGAUCUUGGAGGCGCUGCAGGUGAGGCCGACGCUGGUGUGCUCGUCGGUGUUCGUGCCGUGUCGCAGGCCGCGCCUGUUCUGGACGAGCUGGGGCGUCACCGCAUCGGCGCCUCUUCGGCUGACCGACCGCGGGGUCUACGACGAGCUUGUGGGCCCUGGCGUCCCGCUCAUGGACCUCGCGUGGGAGGACGAGGGCUGCUCUUGGCCAGGGAGACCAAGGUGCUUCCCCACGCUCGUCUGCUGCAGGCCUCAGCCCUCCUUCCCCUCUGCCCCGCGUGGCUUCGCGGCUGCGUCGGAGACGGCUCGUCAAAGGUGGGCUGCGGACGGGCACAGGUAUCAUGUGGCUUUAUACGAGGACAAAAACAUGAUCUGCAUCCCCUCGUUCCCUUUCCUGCGCCUCCCCACCAGCGAGGAGAGGGAGCGGCUCCUUGGCUUUGAUGUGGGGUACACCUCCCUAGCCACCAAGGGCUCGAACCCUCAGGGCGCCUCCGACGCCAGGGCCUUCCUCCUCGGCAACAGCUUCAGUAUCCACGUCGUGGCAUGGCUGCGCCAGCAGCUCCUGCACCGCCGCGGCGCGCUGAACAGGGAGCUGUCGAUAGAGGAGGUGUCCCCCGUCCGCGUGUGCCGGGCGACGCGGGACCAGGCGGGGGCCUUCGUCACGGAGCCAGGAGAGCGGGACACCGCGGAGGCGAGGCAGCUGGUCCUGCAUUACCUCAGCCGCGCGGAGAAGGGCGGGUCGGACGUCAGGCUGGACUACGGCGCCCCCUACCGCCCGCGAGGUUGGCCGAGGACGAGCCUGGGCCCGUUCGUGUGGAAGUGGCGCGUGGUGGUCAGCAUGGCGUGGCCUGGCCGGAGCUCCACCCACAUAAACGUGAGAGAGUUGCAGGCAGCCACGGCGGCGAUCAGGUGGCGCGCCCGCAAGGUCGCGCAGCACGGGAGCAGGUUCUUGCACCUCGUCGACAGCCAGGUGGUCGCGGCCAUCGUGACGAAGGGCCGCAGCAGCAGCAGGAAGUUGCAGCCCAUCCUGAGGCGCUGGAUGGCCGUCGUCGUGGCGGCCGACAUGUACCCACUGAUCGGCUACGUGGUCUCAGAGGACAACCCUGCGGACGAGCCGUCGAGGCCCGCUCCCGUGAGACGCCGCGGGACGCGCUGCCAGACUCUCUCUUCCCUGAGGGUGUCAGCGGAGACGCGGCGGCGCUACGGGCGGGCCCUGCGCGCGCUGCUGGCCCACUUUGGGGCCGAGCAGGCGGGGGCGGACGCCUUGCGCGGCGACCCCGAGGACGCAGACGCCCUCGUCGCGGAGUACCUCGAAGGCCUGUGGGCCUCUGGUGCGGGCAUCGCGGCCGCCAACAGCACGCUGGCGGGGGUGUGCUUCGCGGUGCCUCGUCUGCGGCGACACCUCGACCUGAGCUGGACUCUCCUCAAGGCAUGGAGGCAUCAUGAGCCAGCGUCCAGGGUGCUGCCGCUCACGACCGAGGCCGUCGCGGCCAUGGCAGGUUUCGCGUGCGCUGCAGGUGCUUUCGACGUGGCCGCCCUUCUUCUCGUCGGCUUCGAGGGCAUGCUCCGAGGCGCAGAGGUGUUUGCCCUGACGGCGGGCGACAUCGUCGACCGCGGCGAGCUGUUCAUAGUCCGCAUCAGCUCGUCCAAGACCACGGCGGGCAAGGACUGCGCGGAGGCAGUCGUCGUCCGCAGCAGGAUGGCCGUGGCGCUCCUGCGGAUUGCAGACUCAGUGCGCGCCCAGCCCGGGAGCGAGGCAGCCCGCGCCGUUGCGCGGGGACUGCGGCUCCUGCAGCUGGCCACU